AUGGAGAGGCCAAAAAUAACGCCGUGGAAGGAACUUUCCCAGCUUGUCUCAGUUCGAGAGCAGUUUUAUCGCAAGUCAGACGAUGGCGAAGAUUGCCGGGCCAAGGCUUGUUCGCUGGUCUGGGUAUGGAAGCUCAGAGGAAAUCUGCCCCAUGCAGUUGAGGCCACUGCCCUACUGACGGACGCAAUACUGCACGACGAUCCGGAAAAGAAUUCCAUAUUCUCGAUUCGUGCUGCCUACUCUUUGGCUUUCUGCAGAUUUGUAACUGGUCUGGUUGACUCAAAGCUGCAUGGCCCGAAACAGUCUAUGUAUCAAAAGGCAAUGGCCGUUGGCGUGCCAGCUUCGUUUGUAGAGCUGCGCCAUGAAGCUACGCAUAGGGACUUGCCGUCUCUCGUGGUUUUGAGAGAUGCUGCUAGAAGGUCAAUGGACUGGCUCUGGGAAUUCUACUGGAAUAAAAUCGACAAUGGCAGCCGCUGCAUAUGCGAACCUGCUAAAGACUCAGGUAUCAGCGAGAGCGAAAAAUCGGAUAUCGUGCUAGGGACUGUAACCUCUAUGCUGCAUCCGCUUAUAGAACAUAUAUAUACGACAACCAAAGGUGGCCGACCAAGGAACAGAGCACGGCAGCAGUCAGGAGUGAAAUUGGACAUCAUUAGGGACAUCAGCACCCUAUGUUGUAGAGAGAAAAUAGCUGGAGACUUACUGGUGCAGAUCUUAUUAGAUCAAGAUUGUGGUUACCUUACUUCAUGCGCUCACGGUAACUCUUACAACGAAAAGGAUAAAGAAACCCAGUCACCGUUCAGUGCUUGGGAUGAUGUAUUGAGGGAGUUUAGCCGUUCCUAUCAGCCGUUCCUUACUUUGUUGGUGGAAGGAAUAGCUACUAUCUUGGUCUCUGCCGACUCAAGGAGUUUUCGCAACGUUGAGAAUCGGGAUGCACUAGACGGGAAGAAAUACGAGGAAGACCUGUUUUUGUGGCUAGAUCAUAUUCUUUCUGGGGCAGUGUGGGAGCCACUACGCAAUCAAUACCUCGUCUUGUCCCACGUUAGAGCUAUCUGCCGUGUACCGGGCUUAUCUGCAGGGUUUUGGGCUGAGGAGAUAGACAAGAUAUUACCAGAUGAAUAUACCGCUCCAACCCGCGUCAGUGAUACACCAGGGGGUGGGAAAGCUGACUCCUCCAAGCUGCCCGCAGCCCCAGACGCCGCGAUUGAUCCAAAUUCGGACAUAGCUGUGUUACGGAACUACGGGUGGGAUUUUGGACAGAAGAUAUCAUGCAGGCCCAUAGGAAGUAUUGACCCAUCUUAA